AAAAUGUCUGCCUCAGGGAAACUCUAAGUGAUACAAAUAGAGCAUAUUUCCCACUGCUAUUGCCGUUUUAAGGCACAUAGAACGCGUGUCGAGGCGUACUGCGACCAGGCGAGUCUUCACCAGAUCACCCUAGUCAGGAUUGCACUCGGAAAAAAGGUCUCAAACUCGCCAGGAUGAAUCCUCAGCAGCGGAUUGCCGCUCUCGGAACAGACAAGGAAUUAAGCGACCUCCUGGAUUUUAGUGCGAUGUUCUCUCCACCUGUCAACGGCGGGAAAAACAGGCCAACGACACUCGGAAGCAGCCAGUUUAGUGCAUCAGGUAUGGAUGAGCGGAGCAACCAAGCAUCUUGGGCCCCAGGUGGCGAGUCCAGUCCUUCGUACGAACCCUCCCGGGGUUUCACAGACAGCCCUCAUUGCGAUCAUUUGAGUGACAGUCGAUUAGUGUCCCAUGAAGGAUUGUCCCCAACACCUUUUAUGAACUCCAACAUAAUGGCUAAAUCAGAGAGGGCUGCAUUUCAUGGCUUUGGAAGGGAUACCGGAGCGUCCGGCUGUCAGCCAUCCCUACGCUCAGACGUGGCAGUGACCGGUCCGAGUUCGGGGACGACAUCGGCAAAGUCGGCGGCUCCUUUCUACAUGCUCAGUGCAGCCAAUCCCAGAAGACGUUCUUUACAGGACCCUCCGCCCAUUGAUCCUCUCCAAACAAAAAAGGUUCGCAAGGUCCCUCCUGGCCUGCCUUCAUCUGUGUACGCGCCAUCUCCAAACUCAGAGGACUUCAACAGAGAUUCUCCCUCCUACUCUUCUCCCAAGCCCACCAGCAAUAUGUUUGCGAGCACUUUCUUUGACGGUACCCACAGUUCAUCUGACCCUUGGAACUCAACCAAUGGGAUUAGUCAGGCCAGCUAUGGAGGAAUACUUCCAGGAUCUCCAUCUCACAUGCCACAGUCGGGAAACUACAGCAGCCUGCACUCGCAUGACCGUCUGAACUACCCGGCGCACUCUGCUUCCCCGGACAUCAAUGCCAGUCUUCCUCCCAUGUCCAGCUUCCACAGAAGCAGCACAAGCACUUCACCAUUUGUGUCUGCAACACACACCCCGUCGGUCAACAAUGCGGACGGGGCGCUGGCUGCUGCAAAUCGGGGGAACGCCACUGGAAGCUCACAGACCGGAGACGCACUUGGCAAGGCUUUAGCCUCGAUUUACUCGCCCGACCGCACGAGCAGUAGUUUUCCCUCCAACCCGUCCACGCCCGCGGGUUCCCCCUCGCCUCUCACGGCCGCAGCAGGCGCCGGCUCAUCAGGGACCGUCGUCACGGCUGCCGGCGCUCCGUCCGGAAGACCAGGUACCAACCAGUGGCCUCGUCCUAGCGGACAGACCCCUUCGUCUCCAAAUUAUGAGAACUCACUUCACUCACUGAAAAACAGAGUUCAUCAACAGUUACAUGAGCAUCUUCAGGAUGCCAUGUCUUUCUUAAAGGAUGUCUGCGAGUCUCGAAUGGAGGAUCGUCUCGACCGACUGGACGACGCCAUCCUUGUUUUGAGGAACCACGCAGUGGGCUCCACCGCCAGUCUACCCAGCGACAUCCACAGUCUGCUGGGACAGGCCCAAAAUGGCCAACUCGCAGCCAUCGGAGCAAGUUUCCCCGCCUCGGCGUCGGCUCCCAGUCGGACGGCAGCAAUGGGUUCUUCCCAUGCCGAUGACGCCGCUAAUCCGAACAGCCACGGAGGCCUGCCGAGCAGCGGCUCCACGUCCGGCGCAGAACUCAACCAUCAAGUGGAAGCAUUCAGAGGCUUGGCUGGUCAGGUGGCUACUGCUUUGGCGCUGAAGGUGGAGAAACAGGACAAAGAUGACACGAAUGAUUCCCUCUCUGCUGAUGACAAGUCGGAUGAUGAGAGUGACGGCCUGAAAACACCUCGCGCUGGCACACGCACAAGUCUCACAGAGGACGAAGACCUGAAUCCCGAGCAAAAGGCGGAACGGGAGCGAGAGCGGAGGAUGGCCAACAACGCCCGGGAACGCUUGCGGGUGCGGGACAUCAACGAGGCCUUCAAGGAGCUGGGUCGCAUGUGCCAGCUGCACCUGAAGAGCGAGAAGCCUCAGACCAAACUGCUCAUCCUCCAUCAGGCGGUGGCAGUCAUCCUCAGUUUGGAGCAACAAGUCAGAGAGCGGAAUCUCAACCCCAAAGCGGCCUGCCUCAAGAGGAGGGAGGAAGAAAAAGUAUCCGGCGCUUCCGGUGACGGCCAACAAGGUCACACGGGGGUCCGCCCGGGCUCGACUGACACAUCCGAGCCCACGGGCCACCUUUGAGGCCCGGACAGCAGAUCAAACAUUUCAUCCCGUCUGAGAAUGGCCACUUGCCUCCCUGCGAAGGAGGGGGGGGGGGGGGGCUUCCCGCUCCGUUUGCACCACUUUGUGGAGGACCAUAGACCAGCAGAAGCCAAAAUCACAGACUAAGACCCAAGACGAACACGAUCCAGUCCCGGGACGGACGAGGAGCCCGCUCGGCACUCUGUCUGCAAAUGUCUCCCCCCAAAAAGCGAGAAGAAUCUUGAGCGCAUGUUACGCAGAUCUGUGAGAAGCGCCACGCUUCUGAACAAUCCGACUUUGCAGUCUCCUCCGAUCCCACGCGGAGGUUGCCUCGUGCCUAAACUCAAUUGACGAAUGCAUUGUAACAGCAACUUGUUUUCUUUUUAUUUAUUAAGACCAUGAGCUCAAAGUUUAGUGUCUAAAGGGAAAAUGUAUCCAUUUUUUUUUGGGGGGGGGGGGGCUUUUCAGUUGAACCCGUAGUUUGCCAGUGUCAUAGUUAAACAACAAAGCACUCCAACCUGGGAGGUGAAAUGUGUUGGAAAUCACUCCCUGUCACUAUAGCGUGCGCAAUACGGUGAGCUUGCCAUUUUCUCAGCGCUCUUCAAAUGUAUUGCGAGCAUAUGUAAUUCCCGAUAUGGAUCCCGUGAUGCGUCGAGAAAAGUAGUGAACAACGAUGGUCGCUGGUGUCGCAAAAGAUGCAUUUCGAACCCAACCGGUGCGUCCCAUAAAGCAUUGCGACGACACACAAAAACGAGUUUCCGUUUCCACGGUAUUGUUCGAUUGUCGGCGAAAGAGGCAAAUUCUUAAGUCAUAUCUUUCAUAAAGGAACAUAAAUGGACCUAGUGUUUUGUUUGUUUUCAUUUUGUAAAAUCAACAAUGAAUUUACAAAAAUCUAUAGAUUCUAUAGAUUAUUUAUUUGCUUCAUUAUUUAUUAAGUUCCACCAGCCGACGUCGAGCCGGUACAUUGUAACUCUGGCGCCCCCGAAGUUAGUGUUGAAAACAAUUUGGAUUUGAUUGAUGAAAGUGCGCUAUAUAGUUCACGAUAUCGUUAGCCUAUGAGCAUAGUUGCCCAGGUCAUUUUUAUUUACUGUUGCCAAAUCAAUAAUAAAAACAAUUUGCUAAAAAUCGUUUUUUCUUGUUUUUUUUUUCCGAAAACCAUCAAGUAUGACUUAGGUAACUAUGCUACUAGGCUAACGAUAUAACAAUCCCUGUGCAGUGGAGCCUUGAGAUACACAUUUAAUUCGUUCUGCGCCCACACACGUAACACUCGAUAAUAUUGUGCUUAAUAAACAGUCUUACCUGCUUAAUAAGCUGCAGUAACAUUAGUUGUUCUUUGCAGAAGAUAAAGAAUAUAUAUAUAUAUGUGAGUAUUUUUAUAUUGUCUGUCUACGUGUUGCUUCACCCAUUACGUGUUAGCAUUACUGCCAUAAUACAAUUCUCGGAUCUCGAUUUUUUUUUUUGCUGGCAAAUCAAAGCAAAAAAAAAUCGUCCCGACAACUGCUCGAGAGUCGGGUGAGUCGUAUUUCAAGGCGCCACUGUAAAGCGAUGAGGGAGUCGGGAAUGAAUACAGCCAUUAAGUUAUUGGCCAUUUGAGAGACAUGUGUGCGCCAUGUUUUUUUUUAAACACUAAACCUUUAUUUAAAAAAAAAACAACAAAACAUUGUUUUAAAAGUCUAUUUAUAUUUGUUUUUUUCUUCAUUCGUCCAACAAACAUGGAACCAAAAGUUUGUGUUCAUUUAGUUUCAAUGAGUUUGUGUCCGUCGAAGGCGAACAAACUCAAGUUUGACUGAAAGCUCCCAUUUCAUUUGACAUUUUUAAAAAUAACACUACAAUAAAUGCACAGCAAAUCUUCGCAUUCGCUGCAUAUUGGUAGUGUCUUAACGAAAGGAUAUGCAUUUAGCCAUCGAGUAUUCUAUGUAUGCAGAAUGGUAGAUGUAGUUUGACACUUAAUGUCUGGUUUUCAAUCCGUCAGAUUGCUUUCAAAAAAAAUCAAAAAUAAUAAUAAUAACGAUGACCGCUUCUUCUCCCGGACGGAUGACAUUACGUCUUUGUUUGUCUCGAUACAAGAAACGCAGGUAUAUAUUUGUGUCAAGUCAUUUCUUCCAGCUUUUAGUUAUAUCUUGCAAAACCCUAUACAAUAAGCCAGACUUGAUAUUUCACACUUUGCUAAAUACUAUAUAUAUAUAUAUAUAUAUAUAUAAGGUAAUUUUGUUGAAUUGUAGCACAACAAUGAACAAAAGAUAAGAUGAUUUCCUUUUGGUUAUGGCUUUAUUUCUGUUUUGGUGUGCAUGUUUUAUUUUUCGAUAGUCUUUGGUCCUCGCUUUAUAUUCCAUUUCAUUUGUAUUUUGUCUCCUGAGGCGUCUGUACAAAAAAAAACUUCCAUUGGACUCAAAGUAACCGUUUACAUUUGGAAUCUAUCAUUGAGCAGUUUUGGUGUGUGUUCUCCGUCGCUCACGACUUGUGUAAUAUAGGCACACACACAAAAAGCAAAAUCAAAAGGAGAGCAGUUAAAAAAAACACACAAAAAAAGCAUUUGGCUUAUUUUUCACUGUAGUUAGUCUUUUCUACAAUAAUACUGUAAGAAUAUUUCUUGAAUUCUAAAUAUUACUCUUUCUAGAUUUUUGAAAGCAAAAGUUUGGAGUAAAAAGUUUCUUACUUUAUUUUACUAUAUUAGGUAGUAAAAUGUACAUGGUUACUUAACCAUAACCUGUUUGGUUAUUACCGGAAAUGUAUAUGUCCAGUCCAGUCCAGUACUCGCGUAAAACGCUUUCAGUACGAGCUUGAUGUCCAUUCUCGAGCGUCCGGUGGUUGACUGAGGAACAUUUAUGUCCAACUCCAAAACCUGUUGCCAAUGCACAUCUCGACAAUGCGGCAAUGAGAAUUGACAUUUUCUGUCUUUUUUUUUUUUCAACAGAAAAACAUGUAAAUAACAUUUAUGUUGCAAUAAAUGUGCCAUCUUUUUUAAA